ACGCUAAUAUGUUGAGAAUAUAGCAGUGCUAACAGCUAGCUUAGCUAGUCUCGUUAGGUGCUUUAACCGCUGCAAUAGUCCUGUCGCACUGUAAGCUUGUAAAUAUCAUUUAAACUGAUUAAAGAAACGUAUAUUUCAUCCACGAGGAGUCAGAAUAUAAGUUUUAAAAACAUAAUUUCGCUGGCAGUUAGCUAACGUUAGCUACGUAACCAGCUAGCGUUAGCUCUCGGUUGCCGGACAACGGAGAGAAGCUAAACAAACAAACCAGCUAGCGAGCUAGCAAAUGCUAACGUGAGUUUAACCGGAAGUGAGUCAAAAUAAUAGAUUUUUGGUUGUUGUAUAAUUUAAACGUUUACUUGUAUGACUGGUCGCCGGUGUUACGGUUUAUCACGCGACCCGGUUAACUGGUGACUUUCAGCCACGUGUUUUCUUCCUGUUCGCAACGGCUGUAGUAACCAUGACAACAACGGACGCGUUCGGCUGAAAGUCGCCAGUUAGCCGUAAACACCGGUACUAUAAUAAAGAAGAAGAAGAAGACAGAUAAUAAUGGCGGACGACGGUCGAAGAGGAGAAGAAGACGCUGGUCCUGGAGCUGCUCACCACGUGUUUGUCGUGAUGGAGGUUUUACUGGAGAAGUUAAAGGUGCUGAACUACGAAGAGGAAGUUCUGAUGAAGCACAACAUGAAGAAUCUCUCCAGGCAUUACUUUGUCUCCAGUCCGUAUCUGGCGUCCAACCCGGGCGAGCAGUUCUUCAUGUUCACCAUCAUCGCUGCCUGGCUCAUCAACGAGGCGGGGCGGCCGUUCACCGAGCCGCAGGAGUACGACGAACCCAACGCCACCGUCGCCAACAUCCUCGCUGAGCUCAGAGCCUUCGGGGUGAAGGUGGACUUCCCGCCCUCCAAACUGAAGUCGGGUUCAGGAGAACACGUCUGCUUGGUGCUGGACCGGCUGGCCGAGGAGGCUCUGAGGAGGAAGGGCUUCUCCUUCAGGAGACCACACUACCCCACAGAAACCACAGAAGAAGAGUCUGUGAUGGAGGACGACGCAGAGCUCACACUCAGCAAAGUGGAGGAGGAGAUGAUCGUAGGUGUCCCAGCUUUAUUGAACCAAACCACUUCUAUUACCUCA